AUGGUGCGAUUACCCGGCGAAAGAAGGGACGCCUGGAAUGGGAAUCCUGCGAGCUACGUGGAGUACGCGGCGCCGAACUGGCUCAGCUUUCCAGGUGGCGCAGAGCGCCUACUGGAGCAUCUACGACAGGGGCUGGGGAAGCCCCGGCAAGUUGUUCCAAGGGACCGCCGUCGGAAAAGCGAGACGAGCAAUGAGUACCUCACGAAGAAGAGCGAGUGCUAUAUGAGGCCCCAGCAGGCAACGAUGCGCAUCCUUCCCACGAAGACCGACGUCUAUGGAGUCGACCACCGACGAUGGCCCCACAGCUUCUCAUGCGGAGACGACUACAGCGGAGACA